GCUUGUCACACACACUGGAGAAAGACCUAAGAAUAUGGACAGUUCCUUUCAGUGCAAUUUCAACUUUAUAAAAAGUUUAUUCUUACGAGAAAAUGAAAAGCACAAUGGCAAGAUGGCAAGCAGAGACUGGAUUUCUUCCAACGUCCUUUCCUGCAAGACCACUGAAUCUACCUCGAGGACUUGAUGUUCAGUCUACUAUUUCAUCAUCAACUUUUAGGCCAUGGUCUCCAACACCUUCUAGUCAGGAUAUUAUAUUGUUAGCAGAAUUUUCUGAAAUUGAAGGACCUAUGCCACUCCUAACAAUACCUCAGUCACCUCUGGUACAACUUGACCUUAAUGAGUUUGUUGUGAAAGUCUUGUGUACUGACUAUCUGAAUACAAGUGGUGAAUUUCGUGUAUAUGAGGAUACCCAGAUGGUGCAGCAGGACAUAAACCCAGGUGUCCAUGUGUACGUACAUUACUUCACACUCUAUGAUGUGCGUGCUCGAGGCUUUGUUCGACCCAUGUGCCUCUCAUACAUUUCCUCAGAUGCAAGGAAACUUCUGCAUUAUUUCUCUCAACUAAGACAGCAUUUUAUUAUGGCAACUGAAUACCUGAAGCUGAGUAAUCUUGAAUGGUUUUCAGAAGAAAUGAAGGGACUCAUCAGAAACUUGGAAUAUACAAAGGAUCGAUACAUUCAAGUUCAAAGAAAUGUAUUAGCUGACUCAUCCAGUAAUUCUACAGUUGCUCAGUCGCCUGAACCUGCAGAAGAAGUAGUAGGAGAUGAAGACUUGAUGUCUGAAGAUCAGCUAUCUUCUAGACAAGAAAGCCAUUUCCAGAAAUAUGAAUCAAGAAAUGCUGCUGAACUUGAGACUGUUCAGAUGUAUGAAAGUCUUGAAACUUCAAAGCAACAAAACCUCAAACCUUCUGAUACAGUUAUGAGGAACCAUAAGCAAUUUCAUGACAAAGACACACAAGGUCUUGCUCCAGACUCCAGAAUUUUACAUAAUGAUGAUGAUGAGGAAGCAGCUAUGUUAAGACACACAUCCUUAGAAGCUGUUGCAAUGCAGCUUAUGGAGUGUCAACACAUUUUGGAUGUUGCAAGGCCACAUAUGGAUAAGAAGGAGAUUGAAGAAGACCUAAGUUGCCUUGCUGGUCAUAUUUUGUCAAAACCACAGUCACCACUGUACAAGGCUAUGAAUGACUUGUCAAUGUUUGAAAAGCCUCAGACAGACACCAAACCAACUGUAUGUGUUCUGUCUUUGAUGAAGAGAAACUUUCAUGACAUGAGAUCUGUACAACAACUUUGUGGAGUUGGUUAUAUUGGUUGCCUUUCCAAACUUCGUUCUAUUCAUGAGGUGUUCUGUAAACCUUUUAUAACUCUGAAGUUUGAGGAUAUGGAUCAUGAAGUAUAUGAAAAUCCAUGUGGCUCCCUAUUUAUUGGAAAUAUUCCAGCCAUUAAUGUAAUUAAAGAAGAAAAUUGUAAACCAUCUCCUGAGUCAAGUUCAUAUUCUGCUUUAUGUUUGGAUACAGAUUUUGUAAAGUUUCUCAGGAAUAGCUUAUCAAGGUCAUCAAGUCCAGACUCUGAAUAUACAGAUGCACUGGAAAUUCCCAAAGGUAACCCAAGUGUGUCAGCAGCUGCAGAUUGUUUGAAAGUUUUUCCAAUGGUGAUAGAUGAUGAUAGUGCCUCAUUUUCAAGCAUAGGUAAUGGAGAUGACCAAGCUACAGUGCCACAUAUUCCAGAAGGUGUUGAUGCAGAAUCAAUGACUAUUAUGUGGGACAACAAAAUUAUUUUGGAUUUAGAUGACUCAAGUCAAAUGAUGACUUCUCAGGAGUUAGCUGAAGAAAACCAGGAAGGUGGAGUGCCCAUUGCUAGUAGCAGUAACCAACAAGGUGUAAGUAAGCUCAGUACAAGCAGUAGCAGCAGUAGGUCUUCCAACCAUAUGUUUGACUUAUCUAGCUAUGAGGAUAUCCAAGAAGAAGAAGAAGUGGAAGAUGAUAUUGCCACAGUUUUGGGAGAACAGUCUAUUCCAAGGGAGGAUAUUGAUAAAAGGAUGCUUAUCAGCAAAGUGUGCCGUUUGUCUGGACUGGUGCAACAGUUUUGUGGUGUCUCCCACUGUCUGGUUCAUGCCUUGCUGUCUGGCCGCACAGUUUUAUUGGCAGCUGCAGACACUUAUCGUCCAACAGUUAAACUCUACGUUCGGGCUCUUGCCACACUUCUCCCUCGCUCACCUUCAAAGCAAUUACCAGUGCUCAGAUGGCACACAGGCACUGUUACGGACCAUCACCUGAAGCAGUUUCGUAUAAUGGGUGUGUGUAUUCCAGAACGUCUUCAUGUUCAAGACCUUAUGUCCAAUUCUACUUUGAAUCAAGUGACUGUACUGAACAUUGAAACUGGCCACAUCUCUGGAGUGGCUUAUGGUGGUACACUUGUUCGGGGCAUAGAGCAAUAUGGCCGUAAGCUUUUUCACUCCACCUCAGCACUGCAAGCCUCUCUACAGUCCAUACUAGUUUCCUUAGGUCUUAAGAUAUACCUCUUGUAUCAUCUUCUGGAAACAACAAGUCGUAAUGCUAAUGAUAUUUUAAAAGCCAUAGGAGUUUCUAAAGGUGACUGGGAUAUUGUCAUAAACUUAACUAGAAUGAUACAAAGACAAAUACAAAGCCAGUAAAUAAUUAUGGAUCAAAGUAUGCAUUAAGAAUUAUGAAUAUUUAGGUUUCAUUGUAUUGUACUACAUACAGUUUAUGACAAAUUAGAAGAUAAUCAGUGACUGUAAUAACUGUUCAUAAAUUAAAAUCUAGAAAUACUGUUCAUGUUUACAUUGCUGAAAAAUUCUCUUAGAUCAUUACACCAGACCAAAGGAAUUCAAGGUACUUGGAUCUUUAAUUCACAUUAUUGUGGUACAGGUUCCAAAGCCUUGCCAGAUUAUCCGUUUUGCCGGCCCAACCGAGGUCAGGUAAUAAUAAUUCAACAAUACACCUCUGACCCACUAAUGAUGUGUGUCUCUAAAGCAUCAUGGAC